CGUGUAGUCAAGCAAUUUCACAGCGAGACGCGGCAUCAGUCGCAACCAGCAACAUGAUCAGUGCAUUCGUUCUAAUUUUGAGCACAUUGCUCUUUAUAUUAUCACACGAAAGUGCAAAUGGAUUCAUGAAAAUAUAUCCACAAUUAAAAGGAUUUCCCCUCGCUGAAGAAACAAAUCCUGGUGCGCCGCUUUUUCUGACGCCUUUAAUAGAAAAUGGAAAGAUUGAGGAAGCGCGAGUAAAGGCAAUCGUCUCGCAUGAAGAAAUGUACGAUGUUAGCAGUUACGCGGGUUAUCUCACAGUUAAUAAAGAAUACAACUCCAAUCUCUUUUUCUGGUUCUUUCCGGCUAUGUAUAAUCCAAAGAAUGCGCCAGUAGUACUAUGGCUGCAAGGUGGCCCGGGAGCAACUUCUAUGUUUGGUCUUUUUAUGGAAAAUGGUCCAUUUUUAGUGAACAAGAACAUAAGACUAGAGAAGCGGAAAUACUCAUGGAACUUGGGACAUAGCCUAAUCUACAUUGAUAAUCCAGUCGGCACUGGUUACAGUUUCACUGAUAACGAGAAAGGAUAUGCUACGAAUGAAUCUCAUGUAGGAAAAGAUAUUCACACUGCUCUGGUGCAAUUCUUUCAGUUAUUCCCAGAGCUGCAAAACAAUGAUUUCUUUGUCACCGGUGAAUCAUAUGCUGGCAAAUAUGUGCCAGCAGUAUCGCAUGCCAUUAAAGAAUUCAAUGCCGAAACAGAUACAAAAAUAAACUUGAAAGGCUUAGCUAUCGGCAAUGGAUUGUGCGAUCCUGAGAAUCAAUUGCUGUACAGCGACUAUUUGUAUCAAAUCGGUCUGAUUGAUUUAAAUGGAAAACAGAAGUUUCAAAUGUAUGAACAAAAAGGUCGCGACUUGAUUAAACAGAAGAAAUACGUCGAAGCAUUUGAAAUAUUUGACCUGCUCCUUAACGGCGAUUUAAAUAGCACUCCAUCCUUGUUUCACAAUUUAACUGGCUUCGACUAUUAUUUUAACUAUUUGAAUACAAAAGACGGCAAUGAUUCCGAUUGGAUGUCUGAAUGGAUUCAAAGAGACGAUGUUAGACAUGCUAUACAUGUUGGUAACAGCACCUUUCAUUAUGAAACCAGCGUCGUUGAGAAAUAUCUGAAAGCAGACGUCAUGCGAUCCAUAACAGAUCUCUUGACAGAUCUUCUGGAACACUACAAAGUACUUAUCUACAACGGACAAUUGGACAUUAUCGUCGCAUACCCGCUCACGGAGAACUUCUUACAACAUUUACAAUGGUCGGGAGCAAAGAAAUAUGCGAGAACGCCUAGAAAAAUGUGGAAGGUUGGAAACGAAAUAGCGGGUUAUACAAAAAUUGUUGAUAAUUUAAUCGAGGUUCUCGUACGAAAUGCAGGUCACAUGGUUCCUUCAGAUCAGCCAAAAUGGGCGUUAGACCUCAUCACGCGUUUUACUCAUAAUAAAAAAUUUAAAUAAUUAUGCGAAUGUACUGAAUAUAUGUAAUAAGAAUUCUCUCGAAAAAUUUUUUAUAAGAAUAUGUAUGUGAAAUAUUUAAUAUUUAAUAUUUAAAUAUAUUACGACGUUUAUCAGCGAUAUGUAAAAUACUCUGAAAAAUUUCGCCAAGACAAAAGAACACAGAUCUAAUUUUAUAAUAGAAAAAUUAAUAAAUUUAUUAAUAAGUAAAAAUA